AUGGUUGGAAAGAACUUAAACAUAACAACAGAAUUUGAACUGUUGGGCCUCACCAAUGACCCUCAGCUGAAGAAGCUGCUUUUUGGGACAUUUUUGAUCAUGUACAUUAUCACUCUGGUGGGAAAUAUGACCAUGUUCUUCUUGAUCCAUGUGAGCUCAAAUCUGCACACUCCCAUGUACUUCUUUCUGAAGAGCCUCUCCUUUUUGGAUUUCUGGUACUCUUCAGUUGUCAUCCCCCAGACCCUGGUGAACUUUUUAGUUGAGAAAAGGGUGAUUUCCUAUCUAGGAUGUAUGGCCCAGAUGUUUUUUUAUGCUGGAUUUGCAACAACAGAAUGCUACCUCAUAGCUGCCAUGGCCUAUGACCGCUACGCUGCCAUCCAUAACCCACUACUCUAUCAUGUCACUAUGUCCAACUCUGUAUGCGUCUCUUUGGUUGUUGGCUCUUUUGGUGUUGGUUUUCUCAAUUCUCUCAUUCAUACAAGCUGUAUCUUCAGCUUAAAUUUCUGUGGGGCCCACGUAAUCACUCACUUUUUCUGUGAUGGACCCCCAAUCCUGUCUCUGUCUUGUGAAGACACCUUUCUUUGUGAAAUCUUGCUCUUCAUCUUCGCAGGCUUCAAUCUUCUAAGUUCUACUUUCACCAUCUUAGUUUCCUACCUCUUCAUCUUUCUCACUAUCAUAAGAAUCAAUUCUACUGAAGGUAGGUUCAAAGCCUUUUCCACAUGUAUCUCCCAUCUCAUAGCUGUCUGCCUCUUCUAUGGGACGACUCUCUUCAUGUAUCUUCGGCCUGCUUCCAGUUAUUCCAUGAACCAAGAUCGUAUGGUUGCUGUGAUAUACACCGUGGUCAUCCCAAUGCUGAAUCCCCUAAUCUAUUCCCUGAGGAACAAAGAUGUGAAGGAGGCUCUAUGGAAAGUCUUGAGAGGGAAACAAGCAUAA